AUGCCGGUCAAAUCCGGUCAAGACCGGUUCACGUUAACCGGUCUGGUCCUUUGCGGUCUUGGUCCGGUCUGGUUACGGUCUUUUUCCAGUCACAAGACCGGACUUCCAAACACUAGCGAAGCCCUCGGUUCCUGCAUGUGGGCCCAGGUUGCAACACGUCCUGACAUCGCUUUCGCCCUCAGCAUAUUAUCAUGUUUCCAGACUAACCCCAGACCAGCCCACUAG